CUCCUCAAGAACACUUCUUGUUUUCAACACAUAGUCUCACUGUUGCACUGACAGUAACAUGCACUGUAAAGAUCAAAUCAGAAGAAACAGAUAUAUUUUAAUGCCACAGUCACAAAGACUACCAGAGGACAGCGGAUUGGCUCCUGUCUCAAACACAACACAGACCUAAAGUGGCUAUCAUCUGUGGAUCUGGAUUGGGCAUGCUGGCUGAUACCCUCCAGUGUCAAGACUCCUUCAAGUACUCUGAUAUUCCUGGGUUCCCACAAAGCACAGUGCAGGGCCAUGCUGGGAAGUUGGUGUUUGGUGAACUUGAGGGGAAGAUUUGUGUUUGUAUGCAGGGUCGUUUUCACAUGUAUGAGGGACACUCACUAUGUAAGGUCACUUUCCCUGUGAGGGUGUUCAAACUUUUGGGUGUGGAAACAUUGAUUGUCACAAAUGCUGCAGGGGCCAUAGCAGAAAGCUAUCACUGUGGUGAUGUAAUGAUCAUAAGAGAUCACAUCAACUUCCCUGGACUUGCUGGUUUAAACCCACUUAUUGGCCCAAAUGAUGACAAGUUUGGACCUCGUUUCCCACCUAUGUCUGGAGUUUAUGAUAAAGAUUUACAAAAGCUGGCAUUUGACAUUUGUAAGAGCAUGGGUGUCAGUCAAUUUGUCCAGGAGGGAGUGUACUGUAUGGUGGGUGGGCCCAAUUUUGAAAGUGUUGCAGAAGCUAAGCUUCUUUACAAACUGGGAGUGGAUGCAGUAGGCAUGAGCACAGCCCCUGAAGUUCUUGUGGCCAGUCAUUGUGGCAUGCGUGUUUUUGGUCUCUCACUUAUCACUAACAAAGUGGUGAAGAGCUAUGAGGGCUCUGAGCCCACCAAUCAUGAAGACGUACUGGCAGUGAGCAAAAUGCGAUCAGAAAUGCUGCAAAAGCUCAUUAGUGGGAUCAUUAUCAGAAUGGACAUAAAUAACAAUAAAGCAUAAACACAGAACACAUAUAUUUGUUCAUAUCUUAUUGUUAGGUGGCAAUUCUCUAUGAUUGAACACCUUGUGGUUUUGAACUGUCUAAAAAUGUAAUUUACCUCAUAAUUUCCAGAUAUUUUACAAAACUUCCACUAGAAGGAGCUAUAGCAUCAAAAUAAAAUACUGCUUGUCACAUUUUUCAAUUUGGCAUUGUUAUAAUAUAAUGUCAAUAGCUUGAAUGGGUGAUUAUUUGAAAAACAUAUUAAAUGGCACUAUUAUAGACAUCA